AUGAUUUUGAAUCAAAAAAACGGCAUAGCUAUACGAGUAAUGCAAGAGAGCGACUAUGGAAUCAUGAGGGACUACUUCCACUACGACGAAACAAUGGGCAUAGGACUCCAAGUCAAAUUCAUCUGCGGAACGAGGAUCAGACAAGGUCUCUCCAUAGUGGUAUUCGAUGAAGGUAACAAAAACCUUUUGGUUGGCAUUGCCGUGGCCGAGAAAAUGGACCCCAAAACAAUGGAGAAACAGCACAAGGAGGCCGAGGAAGUGGAACCAAAUGCCUUGGGUCGAAGCCGGAAGAUGGUGGCCAAAGUGGAGCAGGAUGCCAACAUCUUCGAGCGCUGCGGAGUCUCCAAGUACCUGAGUUUGAUAGCCAUCUCCGUUCACGCCUCGAUGAGGGGCAAGGGUCUGUUGACCCAACUAAGCGUAUGUCUGAUGGACUAGGGUCGCUCUCAGGGAUUCCCCCUAUUUAUUGGCUGCAGCAGCAGCUACUACUCCAUAUUUAAUCCACCAGCUCCACAUACGCACAUGCGGGUCGUGGUUGCCAAGCUAAUGACUUCCAACACAAGGGAGGGCGUCACGAUGCGCGUUAUGGUGCUGGAGGAUUACGAAAAUCUAAAAUCCUUUAUGAAAAAAGAGUACUUCACGGCGGAGCCCUUGUGCUAAUCCUCCGGAGGAGAUGUUUAUCUGCAGAACGAGAAGGAGAACGAUGCCAUAAACCUCUUGCUGAUCGCCCAGGGUACGUCCUUCUUGGCCGUCGACGAGAACGAUGGUGGACGAAUUGUGGGCUUCGUCCUGGCAGGAGCCGAAGUUCCCGAGGAUGUGGAAAGGAACAUCCAAAUUGCUGAGACUCUGACGGACAACGCUUGGGCGCAUCUUUUUAAUAAUAAUGUAGCCGCCUCGAUGAGGGGCAAGGGCCUGGGUGCUCGCCUGGCCACCACCCUGAUGAACCUGGGUCGGGCCCAGGCCUUUUCCGUCAUGGUGGCCUACUGCACCAGCUCUUACUCCGCUCGGCAGAAGGAGGCCCUUGGGAUGGAGGGAUGCACUCAAUGCAUUGGCUACGCCGACUAGAAGGACGAUCAGGAACGAGUAAUCUUUGCUCCGGCUGCCCCGAACACCACGCUGCGAGUAAUGGUCAUAAAACUGUAA